CUGCAGUCAGUUGAGUCAGUCGACGGGAGCAGGCAGCUGGUAGCUGUGGGGAACGGGCCGUCGUCGUCCAAUAGUCCGGUAAAAGUCGAGAGGGGAGACCGCUUUGAGUCGAAAAUGGAUUUCAUCGCAGUGUGUCUCCUUUUGGGGACAGUACUGACGGUAAACUGCGAGAUUCAUUCCCUCACUUACAUCUACACGGCCCUCUCCAAACCUGUCUCAUUGCCGGGCAUCCACGAGUUCACAGCUAUGGGUCUGCUGGACAACAAGAUGAUUGACUACUUUGACAGUACAACGAACAAGAAGGUCCCCAAACAAACCUGGAUGGCAGAAAGGCUGUCUUUAGAUUACUGGGAAAAAGGCACACAGUCUCGCCAGAGCAAGCAGCAGUGGUUCAAAGUCAACAUCGACAUUCUGAUGAGGAGAAUGAGACAGAAUGACACAGACGUCCACGUUCUUCAGUGGAUGCACGGCUGUGUGGGGGAAUUGCAGGCUGAUGGCAAGAUGAAGUUCCUCAGCGGCAAGGACAUGUACAGCUACGAUGGAAACAGCUUCCUGUCCUUUGACGACGCUAACAGCAUCUGGGUCGCCCCAGCUGAUGCAGCAAGGGAGACCAAGAGGAAGUGGGAUGAAGUUCAGGUCCUGAAAGAAUACACCAAAGGCUACCUGGAGAACGAGUGCAUAGAAUGGUUGAGCAAGUUCAUGGAAUAUGGAAAUGGGGAGCUGAGAAAAGCCUCUCCGCCUGAGGUGCACGUGUUUGGACACAACGCCAAAGUUAAGACAAACGUCAUUUUGACGUGCCUGGCCACUGGUUUCUACCCUCAAGACAUCGAGCUGUGGAUCAAAAGGGACGGCAGCAUUCUCACUAAGGAGGACGGAGUGCACAGUUCUGGGGUUAGACCAAAUGAGGACGACACGUACCAGAGAAGAGACCACGUGGAGAUUCUGAAGAGCGACAAGUCCAGAUACACCUGUGAGGUGAAUCACCGUGCAUCCGGGCUACACGUUGAGAAGGAGUGGGAUUGGUCAGUAGCUGAGGAGUCUGUAGUACCUGUACCUGUCAUUGCUGGUGUGGUAGUGGUCCUGGUGGUUGCAGGUGUGGCUUUGAUACUGAUCCUGAUGAAAAAAGACAAACUUGCAGGUUUUUUUGCAGCCAAAAAAGUCCCAGUGCCAGGUGUUUAUGUCACCCCUGACAUUGUCAAGACACCACCUUCUCCUUCACCACCCUCCUCAGAGAGUGGCAGCGAUGGCAGCGAUGACAGCGCAACAGGUCUCAUCAAAGGGUCUCGGGACACCAUUGACUCUGGCCUCCCCAGCAGCGAUCAGGACAGCGCAAAGAGCUGCGAGUCCACCAGCCUCAUGAACGGAAAUGAAGCGGAAGGCAACUGUGAAUCAGAGUAAAUCCGGACUCACCCUGCCCGCCGGAAACACAUUGAACGAUCCAGCAGAUACCAUGGGAUUGAAAGGGUUUGUGUGUCAGGAAUUUGAAAAUGAUCAAAUUGAAUCAGGAAAGAUACUGAAGAAAAAAGGAAAACAUGCUUCAAAGCGGACAUGGCUAUAAAAACUAAAGUUAUAGUGCAAUUUUGUAGAACACCACUGGUGCCGUCAGUGAAGGUAAGCAUUUACUACAAAUCAAAGUAUACGCGUCGUCGUAGGAACACCAGUGUUUCCAUCCCAUCGUCAUUUGGUCUCAGUAUGCUGAUGUGAGACUUGAUCCAUGACAGUCAGGCACUUAUUACUGAUCAAGGAUAAAAAAAAAAGAUCCUUCAAAGACUGCAGUAAUGAAUGGAAACCAACGGU